GUACACUUCGCGACAGCAGCUUUGGACGCUCAUCUUGCCUGCACUCGGGUCUGCAUGACGUGCUGCCGGCUAAUUUGAGGAAGUGCAUUUCGGUACAAGGUGAAGCGAGCGCUCAAGAAACCUACGAGAGGCCGCGCGCGCUGCCUUCUGUCCAGCCUACUACUCAGCUUCAUCGCUUUUUUAAAAAACAACUGUUUUUGUUACACAGCUACAACUUACACUUAUGAAAGCACCUUUCUUUUACUGGCUUUGGUUACAGUUCACCUAGUCAUACAUUUCCUCCGCGGAGCACGAACGUCCUCUUUUUGUUUUCUUUAUCGCACGCAACUUCCACUCUUUUAAAUAUGAAUUGCUAUGAAAGGAACUCCGCUUCGAUUCCGUCGUCUUCGAACCGCUCCCGAGACCGGGACGAGUUGAGGUCGUCCAAAGUGCCGGUAACACAAAUCGGUGCUGACUCUCCUUUCAUCCACAGCGUUGACGCGCAUCCCUCGUCGAGGCUGCCCUCGCUGCGGCACACCACUGCACCGUCAUCGUACGGCCUUGUAGGGUACUUCCAAGGGCUUGCCGCAGGCGACGAUCUGGGGGACCUCAUCCGUGGUCUGCGUCGCUCCAUCUGGAGCUGUUAUCAGGAGUGCCUUUGCAAGACCAAAACCUCUUCUUCUUCUUCCGUGGUGAACCCCACAGGUGCGGAGACGGACGGUGCUGCUGCUGCUGCUGUUGAGGCCAACAUACCGGCACCGGCGGCGCCGCAUCGCUUGCCAGCUGGCACCCUGUCCGCCUCUCAGCGGCGCGAGUAUUGGUCCGCCACUCGAACUGCGUUUCUCUUUUCCGCGGAGAGCCCCUCCGCAGCGGAGGAGGCCACCAAGCUCCACUGCUCCCCCGUCACACGAUCGCUGCUGUACCCGUACUGUUAUUCUGUGGGAGAAGCGGGCGCCCCAGAUGCGGCUGCUCUGCCGCUUGGCAGAGUGCUGCGAAGCGGGGACAUGAAAAUGAUUUGGAGUGACGCACGCAUGGCGGAGCUCGCGAGGGAGGAGGUUCGGCGCAACCCUCGCGAUGGCUGGCAACAGGCGCUGCGCCUUCUUCAUCAAGUCUCCCCGACGCCCCUCACCUGCGCGGUGGAGUUGGAGCUGUACCGGCAGACCGACGGGCAGCACUGGGUGGAGGCCUUGCGCUCUUUGUGGUGCAUCCCACCAGCGCAGUGGACCGAGAUGGACGUUGGCGCUGCACUGCGCUCGCUGUACCACGCCGGACGGCGCGCACGACGUGCAAAACCUCCUGCAACGCAGAGCUCGAUAUCCUCUUCUCUUCCCUCCCCUGCGUCCACGUCGUCGUUUGAGAGCGAUCUUUUCGGCUCCGACGGCGGUGCUGCAGAUACCGCUUGCGACGGCACAAGCGACGAGUCCACCGAGGUGUUUCUCGCUCGUCUCAUCGCUCAAGCACUCCGGAUUCACCGCGCCGUCGAGGAGACCGGCGCCCUGCAGUGGAGCACGCCCUCUGCGUUUAACGACACCCUCGGGCUAUUCGCGCUAGAUCCCACCGCGUGGCGGGAGGCGUGUCUGUUGCUGGAUAAGCUGAUUGCCGCGCGAGGGUGCACGAUGGAGGAGGCGGCGCCUUCCCCAGCCGCAGCAUCCAUUCCGCCUAAUGUGAGCAACACAGCGGACCCACAACGCGCAUCUCAGGGCAUUCUGUCCACGCAGGCCAGCGCAGCGCUCUAUCAACACAUGCGACCCAACCCCGUCACGAUCCAUCAGACCUGCCGCGUUUUUCAACAGCACUGGGACGUUGGGCUGCAGUAUGUGCAACGGCUGCAACGUGUAGCGGGCGAUGCACUCCACCUGUGUACCGACAUCGUCGCGACGGAGGAUGUGCUGCGGCUGUGCAUUGCAGGGCAGCGAUGGCAGGAAGCGUUGAGGCUGGUCGUGAGCUAUGAGGCUGCGGUACGGGAUCAGCAUACGGCUAACGAUUCGAGCAGCCUCUCCACUUGCUCUUCGUCGUCAUCGUCGCCUUCAACGUUUUCGCGGCCUCGUGGUGUCUCAGCAGAAUUGAUGAGUGCUCGACAGCACUUCCGGCCGGAUGUGUUUGUGCAGCUCGUGCGUCUGCUCGGCUCCGUUCCCGAGUGCCGACCGGUUGCUUAUGCACUGGUGCGGCGCCACGAUACAAGGGUGUCGUCUCCGCGCGCUUCUCUAUCACCAAUGCAAACCGACGUGCCACCCCUCGCAUCGACACUGCCUCGGGUGGACUUGAGCAGAUCGAAGCUGUACAACGACGAUACGCUCUCUCGGGCGUACAACUGCUUGCUGCAAGGGAGCGCCACUCUCCACGCGGCGGACGCUCUUGUAAAAGAACUGAACCAACUCUACGGCGCGGAUGUGAGUACACCGAGUUCUUCUGCUUUGCCGUUGUCGGUGGUAAGCGACUUCGAUGCCAAAAUCGCUGGACUAGAGACGGAGUCAGUGGCGCACAUUGCGUACUUGUGCUGUACCGCCGGCAACUGGCAACGGGCGUUGCACCACACCAACGCGCUGUUGCACUCUCCACGCUACAGGGCGACCUUCAUCCCUACGGCGCGGCUGCACGACGCCGUUCAAUACGCGUUGGAGCAGGCGCCACCGCCUGGCCCGUCGUGGGAGCUGUCGAUGAAACUCUUUACGGAUAUGAUGGAUCGCAAUGUACCCAUCUCGGAGGUGUCGUUUCAAUCGGUGGUGAAGCGCUGCUUUGCUGGCGGGGCGCCGGAGCAAGCGCAGAGGGUUUUCCAAAUGGUGAUGAGGCGAGGCGUGCGGUCGUGA